AUGACUCCUAAGAAAAAAAUAUUUCAAAAUUUUCAAGAAGAAAAUGAAAAUGAGAUAUUAAGUCCAACAAAAAAAGGAAUAAAAUUAAAUGUUAGUAAAUUAAAUAUUUUAAAUUUUGAAAACACAAUAAAAAAAGAAGAAAAAAAUAAUUAUCACUACAACACAUCAAUAAAUAAAGAAAUAGAUCAAGAUUUAAAUGAUAAUAUAAUAAAUACACAUUAUAAUAAAAAGAAUAAUUUUAAUAUAUAUGAUUAUAAUAAUAUAAAAAAUAGUACACAAGAUUUUUUUAUUGAUUUAAAGGAACAUAAUAAACAAACCAUUGAAUAUAAUGGUAACAAAUUUAUUUCUAUAAAUAAAAAAGAAAAAUAUAAUCUAGAUGAAACCUCUUCUUCAUCCUUAUCGUCAUCAUCAUUAUCAUCAUUAAGAAAUUCCUUCGAUGAAAACGAAAAUAUAAUUAAAAAAAAAAAUAACACUAGUUUUAUUUCUUUAAAUAAUAAUAAUAAUAAUUGUAAUAACAAUCAUAAGAAUAAACAUCAAAUUUAUAAUAACUAUAACAUAUCAGAAAAACCACAAAAAAAAAAUAUACAUACUCAUCCAUCCAGUCAACAAAUAAACAAAGAAAAAACAAAUAACACACAUAAUAUAUAUCAAGAUAAAAUGAAAAAAAAAAAUAUAUCCAAAAAAAAUACAUUCAAUCUAAACAAUAGUCAAAGUAACAAAGAAAAAGAAAAAAAAAGGACAAGUGAUCAAAGUCAAGAUGAAAAUAAUAAUUUCGAAAAAGAAUUUUUAAGAAGUCAUACCAAAAACAAAAAUGAUCAUGUGAAAAAUAUUUUAAAAAAUAAUAUAAAAAAUAAUAAUAUAAACAAAAUGAAUAAUCUUAAAAGAUCUAGCCAAUCCAUUGCAAUCGAUUCGGAUUUAUUAAGUCCUCAUAAAAGUAAAAGAAUUAAAUAUGAUGAAAAAAAUAUUACAGAUAGGAAUAAUAAUACCAAAAAAAAAAAAUACCCACCUAAUAAUAAUCACAAUAAUAAUAAUAAUAAUAAUAAUAAAUAUGUCAAUAAUAACUAUCCUAGUGAUAGUUGCAAAAAAACUACAAACAAUAAACCUACAAAUAACACUCAAAAUAAUAGAUACAAUAAAUCAAAAACAAUAAAUACAUAUAAUCAACAUUCAAAAGAUAAUACACAAGAGAUCACAAAAAAAUUCAAAAGUAGAUAUAUAAACACAUAUACAAUGGAAGAAGUGCAAAGAACUAUAAAAAGUAAUACAAUUAAACUUGUUACUGAAAAUUCUUGUGAAUAUGAAGAUGGUAUUAUAUAUGAAUCUGUCAUCAUUAAUGAUGAGGAAUAUAGCAUAGGCGAAGAUGUGUUAAUUUUCUAUACCCCCAACAAUAACAUCAACAAUAAUAAUAAUAAUAAUAACAUCAACAAUAAUAAUAAUAAGAAUAAUCUAAAAUGUGAUGAUAUUAAGAAUCAAAAUAAUAACUGUAAUGUCAAAUUUAAUAAUAUAAAAGAUAAUAUAUAUAUACUAAAAAAAGGAAAAAUCUCAAGCUUCUAUAAAAGCACAAACAGUAAAAUUAUAGAAGUAGAAAUAUGUUUUUAUUAUGACGAAUGUGAUGAAGAACUUAUAAGAGGACUAGAAAAAAAACAAACAUCCAGGAGAUGUAAAGAAGAUUUCAAUAUUUAUCUUAAUGAUGAUACUAAAUAUUAUAAUCUCCUAGGAAAUAUUAGCUUCACAAUAUUAAAUGCUAAUUAUAUUUAUAAAAAAAUAUAUGUUUAUAAUGAAAUAGAAAACUUUGAAGAAGAUACACAUGCAAGAAAAGGAAAAAAUAAAUUUCUAUGUACACAUUAUAUAAAAGAUAAAGAAGAUAGAUUAUGCUUCAUACCUAAUGACGAACACUGGAAUAAUAUAGUUUUGGGUUCUAGUGAUUUAUAUUAUUAUUUUGCUAAUGAGAAAAAAUUAAAUAAAAAUAAAUCAUUAAAACUUAUUAU